AUGGUAUUGGCUGGUGAUGUUUUUGAUGUGCCAAUCAGGAAAGAUAUUAUCCAUCGUGUCGUGAGAUGGCAGCUUGCUAAACGGCAGCAGGGAACCCACUCGACCAAAACUAUAAGUGAGGUUAGUGGGACCGGAAGGAAGCCUUGGCGGCAGAAGGGUACAGGACGAGCAAGGCAUGGGACAUUGCGUGGCCCACAGUUUAGGGGUGGUGCUACUAUGCACGGCCCAAAGCCACGUAGUCAUGCUUUCAAGCUAAACAAAAAGGUCCGUCGGCUGGGGCUCAAGAUUGCACUUUCUGCUCGUGCAGCAGAAGGGAAGCUUAUAGUCUUUGAGGAUUUGGAGGUUCCUUCACACAAGACAAAGAACGUAGUUAACUAUGUUCAACAAAUGGAGAACACAAAGAAACUCCUGGUCGUAGAUGGUGGACCAAUUAAUGAAAAGUUAAAAUUGGCUACCCAGAAUUUGCAUUAUGUCAACGUGCUCCCUUCAAUUGGUCUAAAUGUUUACAGCAUUCUGCUGCACGACACGCUAGUAAUGUCUCGUGAUGCAGUGAAUCGAAUAGUCGAAAGAAUGCAUACCCCAAUCAAGCGCUAA